AUGGUGCCUACUGACGACACCGGCCUCGAUGAGUUUGUCAGUCAUUCCAGUCCCGAGUCACCGGCCUUUGACGCGCCAGCCGAGGACGAUACUCUCAAAGACGAGCUGGCAGCCCAGCUCCUACUCUCCGACUCAGGUGAUGACGAUGAAGGCGAUAACAAUGACGAGGCUGACGAGAACUUGAGCAAUGGCGGCAACGGCGAUGACAGCGGCAGUAGCGAAUGUGAUCCUACGCUCGAUCCUGUUCCCGCCGAUCGUCGCCAGCGAUCUGAUUCACCUACCGCUGUGGAGGAUACCCACGCAGCCGCGGAGAUCGUCCUGGACGAUGUGGACGUGGGCCUGGGUGAUGAUGUAGACGAGGACGAUGAAUUCCAGCGUGGCGGUGAACUCCUAGACGAUCCGUUCGGGCCCACGCUGAGCCAUUCUGAGGACGAUGAACUCAGUCGAGACAACUUUUGA